AAAAAGGUGGAUGCUAAACUGACUCAAGCCCUAUUCUUCAAGCAUGUUCCGUCCAUGUAUGGAGACAUUGUUCCAAAGAUACCCUUCAGAGAGUUCUUCGACUACAAGUUCCAGAUAACGGUGGAUGGUAUGGUGUCGGCUUAUAGAGUGCCUUUUAUCUUGGGUGGACCAAGUGUUGUCUUCAAACAGGACUCAUUCUUCUACGAACAUUUCUACGCAGACAUAGAACCGUGGGUUCACUACGUUCCCUUCAACCACAACCUCAACAACCUGAUACAGCGCCUGAACUGGGCCCAGGAAAACGACCACUUGGCGCACAUCAUCUCAGAGAACGCCAGGCAUUUUGUCAGAACUGAACUAAAACCGAGCGAUGUUUACUGUUAUGUUUACAGACUUUUUAACCGGUAUGCUGAGAAGCAGUACGGAAAGGUUGAGGUGAGGAAGGGAAUGCACGAGCUGUCAAAAAAGAGAUCAUGCUUUAAGUGCCCUUACAAUACACUCAACAAGUCGGAAUUGUAGUGGAAAGCAUCACACAGAACAAUUUGUAAGCAGAUUGGUUUGACAGAUCACUAAAUGAAUGUAUGAAAGCAAUGGGUACAGGCUAGAGUGGUAUAGUUUCUGAUACCGAAUAUUAUUAUUACUCAAUUGGAUUGUUAACAUCACAAUUUAUGAUUACCCACUUUAUUUAUUAUGUAAAUAACGUGUGCUUCAUGAUUCAAAUAGAUGUAUAUUUACUUAUCAGCUCAGCUCUCCUAUGAACACGUUCCAAAGAUCUAAAGAUCGAACAACACAAAUCGAUGAAUGAGGUGCCCAAUCGAAACCAUUUAAACAAAGAUUUUAAAAGCAGUAGUAUGGUAUUGAGAGUAAAAACGUCAUUCCAAAAGAAUUGUUUUGAGAAGAGGAAAAAAAGCGAUUAAAACAUUAUUUUAAAACUAUUAAUAUUUGCUUAAACACAAAAUAAAUAUUUAAUCAUGUUGGCGAACAACAAAAUCUGUGGCAUUUUAAAUCUAUCCUGUCACA